AUAUUUUCUGACCACUAUCAAUUUACAUAUACCAAGAAAUCCAGAUUCCACAGAAAUUAACCAGGAAGUCGCUCUUGCCGAAAAAAAUAUACAUAAACUGAGAGAUGUUAUCAUUGGAAGAUAUAUUGUUGAUUCCUUGGAGAUGCUUCUGGGUCGGAAGGAGGCAAUCACUGAAAAAGAUAAGUGUGUUUGUUCAAGCAUGUUCCUGUACAUGGAACAUCAACAGAAGGAAUACAUGGACACACCACUACAGACCAGACUGGAGACACUGAGACGGUCAUUGGGCCAGAGUAUUGACAGCAGCUGUCACAGUUGUUGUGUAUGUGGAGAAAAUUCCGCUAUUGGUGAGAACUUCACAGUCAGCUGUAAAGAAGGGCACACUUUUGGACUGUGUUGUCAAACUCUUCAACCUGUGAUAGAGAGCCAGUAUAGAACUUGUAGUAACUGCAAGGUACAGGCAGUAUCUAACACCAACAGAACAGGAUUGUCAUGGCUGAUAGAGGCAGUAGAAUAUUGUACAAUAUGUGAGAACUACUUAUAUCCAUGUACCUGAUAUAAUUAUCCUGAUGUAUAUUUUGUGUAUGUGAAAGUGGUAAAGUCAGAAUUUUAAAAUCUGAGUGACUGAUAUUUUUCAUGUGAGAAAUUUUGUCUUUUCGUGUGUAUGGUAACAUCAUUUUCUGAGUGAAUGACUCAUUUCAUGUGAAAGAUAUUCAUAUUUUUGGGCUUACAAUAUGGCUGAAUUGAAAAUCUUUUUUCUGAAUGAAGGAUACAUGUACAUAUCAGGUGAGAUGUAUCAUCGUUUCUUGUGUAUGAUACAGUUGAGUGAAACAUUUUCUGCGUGGAUGACUUAUUCCAUGCGAGAAGUCUCAUUUAUGUAUUAGUUUUAAAUAAAUUUUUAUGUCGGAGAGAUCUUAAUUCCAUAUGCUACAGCUAUUGUUACUAUCAGUAUUACCUUAAAUCAUUCUUAAGUUAAAAAUACUCUAAUAUUGUAGCUGUUCUUUAUGGUAAAGUCUAAUCUGCAUGUAGAUGUAUAUUGCGACAUCAGUUGUGAUGUAUGAAUAUCUUAUCAAAAUGCCACGUAUUAGUGAAUAGUUCCAUUUCUGCAGCUUGAAUUUCAACAAAAAAAACAAAGAAUAGGAUUCAGAGUAUAAUGUAUUCACUACAGGAUAUCUUUCGUAUAAAAUGAUAUUUUGCUCAUCCGAAAAUGGUGAAAGAGUGUACGUCAGCACAUCCUAAGUUUUAUUCUAUUAUAAAGAUUUAUUGUGCACAGAAGAAUUUUACAAGGUAGAAUGCUAAAAAUGUAAUAACUGACACUUUUAAAGAAUUUCAUUUUCAAUGAGAGAUAUUUAUCAUUUGAUGGUAAGAGAUGUACGGGUUACAUGUAUCAUAUUGUAUUAUGUGCAUUGUAUUUUGUAGCUGAGUUGCAGUGAGCGAAAUGUGGAAAUAUUCUGUUUGAAAUAAAUAACAUUGUUUAAAA